AGUUUCACACUGGGUGCUGGUUUUUGAGGAGGAAGUUACGACGAGUGCUAAGGCCCGUGUCUAGAUGUCAGCAUAUAGAAUAGCAUCGGACCGUUUAGAAUAACCCAAAGGGAAGACAAGUGGAAACAGUAAAGUUUAGCUACGAUUUUGUAAAUGUAUGUUGUAUGAAAACUCAAACAGACGUGCUUUUGUUGCUAUUUUAUGCUCAAAUCGGAGUUACAUGUAUGCGACAAACUAGGCGGAUCUGUCGUAUAGCAUUUCUGUAUAGCUAUUAGCCUAUCUAGCAAGUAACAUUAGCUUGGUGGCUACUUGUGCGGUCGCUACUAGCUACACGCAGCACACAGCGUGAACAUUGUCAAUAUUUACCAGGGUACAAUUUUAGACCAGUGCAUUUCUGUAUAGAUAACGGUACCAACGAACAACUUGACGGUGCAAGCUACCCGAAGUGUUUUUCUCGAUGCAAUGUUUCUGUGAUCUGUAAAUGAGUCGCAAGUGGGCCCUACGCCACAAGCAAAGCAUGAGCCUGUGCCGGGGUAGCCAACACCUCAAGUAGCGAACAAGGAAGCUACAAUUAUUUAUUGGAGUCUUGUAGUAGCAUAAAAAUACCUCGAGACAUGGCAUCAGAGGAAGCGUCUUUACGUGCACUGGAAAGUCUCAUGACUGAGUUCUUUCACAGUUGCACAACCAAUGAGCGCAAGAGAGAAAUAGAGGAGCUGCUGAACAACUUUGCUCAGCAAACAGGAGCCUGGCGCCACUGUUUGUACUUCCUGUCUAAUACGAGUAAUGAGUAUGUAAUGAUGUACAGCCUCACAGUGUUUGAGAACCUGGUGAAUAAGAUGUGGCUUGGAGUGGUCUCCCAGGACAAGAUGGAGAUCCGCAGCUGUCUACCCAAGUUACUGUUAACCCAGCACAAAGCCAUGCCCUACUUCAUACGCAAUAAACUCUGCAAAGUUAUUGUGGAUAUUGGUCGGCAGGACUGGCCGAUGUUCUAUCAUGACUUCUUCACAAACACCCUUGAGUUGAUCCAGUCUCCAGUGAUGACGUCUCUGGGACUGGUGUUACUGAAGACGACAUCUGAGGAGCUGGCAUGCCCUCGGGAAGAUCUCAGUGUGGCACGGAAGGAUGAGCUUCGCAAGCUGCUGCUGGAGCAGAUGCCAACAGUGCUUGGUCUGUUGACGGGUAUCCUUGAGACAAUGUGGGACAAGCACAGUGUUACAGCUGCCACCCCCCCUCCCUCCCCCACCUCGGGAGAAAACACAGAAGUAUUGUGCAGUCUACUACAGAGUAACCAGUACUCCAAGCUGCUAUGCCAACCCAUGCCCAUGCUUGACCAGGAGAGUGAGCAGCUCUGUUCCCUAGCCCUGGAGUGUCUUGCCCACCUGUUUAGCUGGAUUCCACUGUCCACCAGCAUCACUCCAGCCCUGUUGGCAUCCAUUUUCCACUUUGCACGUUUUGGUUGUGACCUACGGGCAAAGGCCAAGCCUGCCCCCUCCAUCUACUCCUUGUCUUCCUCCUCUAACGGCCUGCUGGACCCAGGCUCCUUGGCACCUCCAGCCAGCGAAGGGGGCCGCCUCUCACAGCUCCCUGCAGGCAGCCACUCUGAGCGGGCACGGCUUGGGGUGUUGGCCAUGACGUGUGUCAACGAACUGGUGUCAAAGAACUGCGUGCCACUGGACUUUGAGGAGUACCUGCUCCGAAUGUUUCAACAGACCUUCUUCCUGCUGCAGAGGCUGACCCGUGAACACAACGCUCACACCGUUAAGAGCAGACUGCAGGAACUGGAUGAGAGCUACUUGGAAAGGUUUUCAGAUUUUCUGCGCCUUUUUGUCAGCGUUCACCUCAGGCGGAUUGAAUCCAACGCUCAGUUUCCUGUUGUGGAGUUCCUAGCCCUGCUGUUCAAGUACACCUUCAACCAGCCUACCCAUGAAGGUUACUUUGCCUGCUUGGAUAUAUGGAGCAUUUUCUUGGAUUACUUGACCACUAAAAUCAAAAGUAGACUGGCUGACAGAGAGAGUGUAUUAAACAGGUAUAAAGAUGCUUUGGUGCUGUUAUUGAGGGAGGUUCUGAACCGAAUCCAGUUUCGAUACAACCAGGCCCAGUUUGAGGAACUGGAUGAUGAGAUCUUGGAUGAUGAUCAACAGACAGAGUGGCAGCGGUACCUGCGUCAAAGUCUUGAGGUGGUUGCCAAGGUGAUGGAGCUGCUCCCCUCCCAUGCCUUUUCCACCUUGUUUCCUGUUCUUCAAGAGAAUUUGGAUGUGUAUCUGGGUUUACAGCAGUUCAUCAUCACCUCAGGCACAAGUCGUAGGUUGAACAUCACAGCGGAGAAUGAUUGUCGCAGGCUUCACUGUUCCCUCAGGGAUCUCAGUUCCCUUCUCCAGGCAGUUGGGCGCCUGGCAGAGUAUUUUAUUGGAGAUGUGUUUGCAGCACGUUUUAGUGAUGCCCUGGCUGUGGUGGAGAGGUUGGCGGAGGUAACAUGCUAUGGCUCUCAGAUCAGCCUGUACGACCUAGAGACUGCUGUUCCCUCCGUGCUCAAGCCAGACCUAAUUGAUGUCCAUGCCCAGUCCUUGGCUGCAUUGCAGGCCUAUUCCCAUUGGCUGGCUCAGUUCUACAGUGAGGUUCAAAGGCAAAACCAGAGCAGAUUCAUAAACCUCAUCACCUCCGUUGUGAAUGCCAGCAGUCCACUCAUCACAGCCAAGGUACCUGAAAAGUUGCUGCUGUCGGCAUGCCACCUCCUGGUUUCCAUGGCCACCACCGUGCGGCCUGUGUUCUUGGCCACAUUGCCAGCUGUCCAGAACAUCUUCAGCCUCAUCACAGAGAGCCAGACACACAGGCUGCACCCAGAGGCUCACAUGUUGGUGUGUAGGGCCCUGUCCAACAUGCUGCUUCUUCCUUGGCCUAACCUUCCGGAGAGUGACCAGCAGUGGCACACACGGUCCAGUAACCAUGCCAACAUGUUAGCAGCCCUGACACGCCACUACCGCUUGCUGAGGGGCACCGCCAACUUGCCACCACGACUCGGCCUGGAUGACAUGAAAGCAGUACUACACCAGACCCUGCCUGUGUUGAGGGACAUUGUGGACAGCAUUUCAGGCGAAUCAACCAAAUCUCGUCAGAUCUGCUAUCAGUCUCUCCAGGAAUCUGUGCAAGUUUCCCUGGCUCUGUUUCCUGUGAUCAUUGAGCAGCCAGAUGUGACAGAUGUGAUGUUGAGCUUCUUCCUGACACUGUUUCAAGGGCUACGUGUGCAGAUGGGGGUUCCUUUCACAGGACAAGUCAUCCAUACUUUCCUCAGCAUGUUCACAAGAGAGCAGCUGGCUGCCAGUAUCUUGCAGGAAGGUAGCGCUGGAUGCAGAGUGGUGGAGAAGUUUCUGAAGAUCCUCCAGGUGGUGGUGCAGGAGCCUGGACAGGCCUUCAAACCUUUUCUUCCAAACAUCCUCUCACUGUGCAUGGACCAGGUCUAUCCCAUCGUGGCAGAGCGCUCCUCCCCGGAUGUGAAGGCAGAGAUGUUCGAGCUGCUUUACCAGGUUCUUCACCAGAACUGGAGGUACUUCUUCAAAACCUCGGUCCUGGCAAGUGUUCAGAGAGGAGUGGCAGAGGAAGCCAUGGAGAAUCAAGCCCAGUUCAUAGCUGCUAUGCAGGCUUUUGGACAGUCAUUUCUGCAACCUGACAUCCACAUCUUCAAACAGAAUCUCUCCUAUCUGGAAUCACUCAACAGCAAGCACAAACUGUACCAUAGAAAACUUUUCCGGACCUCCAUGCUGUUCCAUUUCAUCAACGUUCUUCUGCAAGUCCUUCUCCACAGGAGCCACGACCUGCUGCAGGAGGAGGUGGCUCUGGCCAUCUACAACAUGGCCUCUGUGGACUUUGAGGUCUUCUACUCCGUCUUCAUGCCAGAGUUUCUGAAUGGAUGCCAGGGAGUGGAUUCAAACCAACGAGUUGUGCUUGGACGCAAUUUUAAACUUGAGAAGGACUUGCCCUCGUUCACUCAGAGUGUGCACAGACUGAUUAACGACUUGCGCUAUUAUAGAUUAUGUAAUAGCAGCCUGCCUACAGGCACCGUCAAGCUAUAGCACACUGUCACAUGAGGCCCACUCCCACUGCCAAUACUUCAGCUCCCUGGAACACCUUUGUCAACUUUUGGGAAAAUAAGAGUGCCAGUCUUCAUGGUCUUGUUGAAUGCCACUUGGAUAGGCUUCUGCUCCAUUUCUACUGUAGGAGGGUUGAACAUUUUUGAUUUGUUUUUAGCAGUGCCCUCUUUUACUUGUCUGUUGCCAAUGAUGACAAGGCCAAAUAAUGAGAUGACAUAAGAUGGCUGGCCUGGUCUAAACCCGAACCUUGAGCAAACUGAGGCAGGACUGUCCCAGUCUCUGGAACAAGGCCAGGCUGGAACUCAGCACUUUCUAACUCAAUUGUGAGUUUAAAAAAAUGUCUGCUUUAUUGAACUUGCAUUCUGUUUUUCAUCUCCAAAGGAGACACACAUUUUAAACUUAAAACUUUCAUAUCAUUCCAUUCUGAAACAGAAAAACCAUGCUUGAUUAAUAAAGUGCUUGUUUUGUAUAAAAUGG